AUGGAUACUAGCCCCCCGAUGCCAGACCCCGGGGGCCCGCGGAGGGACUUCACGGCCCCUGCGCCCGAAUCGGGGCCUCCGUCCUUCGAGUGGCUGCUGGGGCGGCUGGGGGCCGGGGGCAGGCGGCAGGGCCUUCUCCUAGCCCUGAGCUGCCUGCCAUGCGUCCUCCUGGGGCUCGGGCUGGGCUCGGACGCCCUCUUCACCCUGACGCCCCCGCGCCACUGCCGGGACGCCAACGGCACCAGGCUGCCCGAGAACACCACCUGCGAGGACCCCCGCUGCCAGCGCUGGGAUUACGGGGGGCUCCCAGCCCUCACCAGCAACCCGGUGACCGAGUGGUCCUUGGAUUGCUCUCGAGGUUGGAUUGUCCCCUUGGAGCAGCUUUGCUUUCUUCUGGGCUUUGCCGUGGGAGUCCUCCUGCUGGGUUACCUGGCGGACAGUGUGGGCCGUCGUGGCACCUUGCUCCUGGCACUUGCUCUCGGUUGCCCUGCAGGCAUCUUGGCCGCAUCCGCGACCUCUCCCUCAGUCUUCAUGUUGGGCCGCUGCCUCUGGGGGGCAAUGCUGGGGGGGAUGCAGCUUGCCCUGUAUCUUAACCGUUUGGAGUUGUGUUGUCCUCCACAGCGGCUGCUGGUCGCCAUGGUGGGAGACCUGGUCACGGUGGGGGGCCUUUUCCUACUUCUGGGACUGGCUCUUGCGUGCGGAAGUUGGCAGGUCCUGCAGGGCGUGAUCUCGGCUGGCCUGGGCCUUUGCUUGCUCUAUGGGUGUCCUGGAUUGUACCCUGAGUCACCCCGUUGGCUCCUAGCCACCCGGCGAACGACACAAGCCAAAGAGAUUCUCCUAAACCUGGCCCAGGGCAGCAACACGCAGGAGUCGGAGGCGCAGGCGGCGCUGGAGGAGCUCGACAAUGCCUCUCACCUGCCUGCGGCCGCCCAGAUCUCACUCUGCGCACUCUUGUCCUGCAGAAACAUCUGGAAAAAUGUUCUCAUCCUUGGUUUUACCACAUUCAUUGCCCACGCCAUCUGCCACUGCUACCAGCUGGCCUGGGCAUCCCUGGACGAUCCGCACACCACGUUCUACCUCUCCUACUUCCUCUCGGCCGGCAGCGCGGGCCUGGCCUGCCUCUUCCUGUGCCUGAGCGUGGACCGGUACGGGCGUCGCGGGAUCCUGCUGCUCACGACCACGCUGACGGGCAUCGCCUCCCUGAUCCUGCUGGGCCUGGGAGAAUAUCUCAACGACGCUGCGCGGAGAACGUUCUCCAUCCUUGGCCUGUUUUCCUCCCAUGCGGCAGGUUCGCUUAGCAUCUUCUUUGCCUCAGAGGUCAUCCCCACCGUAAUCAGGGGGAAAGGCCUGGGCGUCAUCCUGGCGCUGGCCUCUCUCGGGGGGCUGAGCGCGCCCCUGCUCCAGCUGCGCGAGCGGCACGGCUCAUUCCUGGAACACAUCGUCCUGGCCUCCCUCAGCAUCCUGGCCCUCCUCUGCCUCAUGCUGCUACCCGAGAGCAAGCGCAAGGCCCUGCCCGAAGGUCUCCGCGACGGGGAGCUGUACCGGAGGCCCUCCCUGCUCCGCCGGGCCGGGGGCUCCGAGGGCCGGGACGCCGAGGGGUUGACCCGGCGCGACGACGUGCCCUUGCUCUCCACCCCGAACCCUGCCAGCUGACGUGCCUGCCCCAGGACCCCCGGCCGGGCCUCAGCAAGCGUGGCCUGGGCCUGGGCCUGGGCCUGGGCCUGGCCUGCAAGCCGCGCCAAAGCUCGGUUUCGGCGACGGAGACCGUCCUGCAGCCCUCCCCAGACUCUCGUGGGUGGGGAGCUGUGGGGAGAGGUGAAGCCCAGCCAGCUGAGUGCAAUAAAGUCUUGGGAUCUUUUUGCAGAGCCCCCCGUUGCUUCUCUAAGCUCCCCACCCACUCAGCUUUUUGGCGUCUUCCCUCCAUUUUAACAAGCAGAAGAGAGGGAAGCCCCACCUGUUGGCUUUCUGCCUAGCAGGUGUUAAACGUGCAGGAACUGUGCCAGCAGAGAAGUGCCAGCAGUAGGAGCUUGUUUUCCUGUCUCUACAUGUGUCUGUUUUUUAUAAAGAGCGAGGUUAUACUGGACCCACUCGUAAAAUUCUUGAUGGAGUCGUGCGAUUCUUCUAGGAACGGUUCUGCUGCCCCCCUGCCUGUUUUUCCUCCUCGACUGUCUUGGUGGUCCUAACCAGCCCCGACCCCUCAAGCUGAGAGCGAAUAACCACCCAUUUUACAGAGUCAGGAAACUGAGGCCAGAACCGACUCCCCAGACUGCUUUUUUACAGGGACAAAGCUUUCAACCUAUGAAACCUAUGCACUCCAUUCUGCCGUCGUCUCAGUCUACAAAGGGCUCGUCAUGUCUUCUGGGCUGGUUCCCACCAGUGCCCCAAAAUGGGACCCAGGACCUUCGGAAUCCUUGAAAGAGGCGAUUGUUCAAGCGGAGCUGGGCUGGAUGGCCGAAGCACUUCAUGGCUGUGCUCGUCGCCGACAUUCUUUCCCAGGUCUGCAUAAAACCAUUUGCCCGUUUGCUGUGCAUGGGAUGGCCACAGGCUUGCUGGCAGACGCUGAUGCAGCGACUCCUUGCACCCUGGACCGUUACCCCCUUUCCAGUCACGUAACCACCUGGCUGCCUCUUGCAGCUGUGUGGAGGCGGAAUUUAACCAAGGGAAAGCCGGUCUUGUUGAAUUUCUUCCCUCAGAGACAUGAAACCUGCUGCAUUUUAAACACGAGGAACUAAAAAAAGCCCUUAUUUUCUCCUCCAACGCCAACACUUUUUAAUACAUGUAGCAUGAGUACAAACAGAACCUCAUCAGGUACAACCCGUUACUCCACUCUGGGCAAAUUAUAUUAUCGCCAACAGGAAGCUAUUUGAGGUUGGAAGAAAGGAAUGAAAACGAGCCACCGAGAGACCUCAAGUGUUCCAAAAGGCAACUCACACUAGAACUUCAAGAGACUCUUGGCUGCUUUUUACCCUAAAGGGAAUCUACCGACUGUUCAUAAGCUAAAUCAGAUUAAAGAAAAUUUCUUCUUGAGAAACCUUUGCUUUGCCAGAGAGCGUUUAUUAGGCUCUGCCAGAAACAGUCACGUGGCAUCAAAGGACUUAGCCUUACCUUUUAUCUGGCACAUUUCUUAAAAAUGCAAAUUGCUUAAUAGCUUUAGAUGUCCUUGGAGGGGCAAGUCACCCAUUUACCUCACUCAUCGCAGGAGCGCAUGCAUCCAUGGGGACUUGAAGGGAUUGUGUUUAACCUUUGGGAAUUUGAUUGCCCAAGUUUCUAGCCCUGAUGGAAGAAAAGCUGGCCAGCUUAUUGGGUACCCUAAAUGGACCAAAUUAGGUACUAUAUAGGCAUUUGGCAGGCAGAUUCAGGCUUGAAUCAGGUAACCCUCGUGAAGUUCCCCUGCCCAGCAGGCAUACCUGCUUCCUCCCUCUUUUGGUAGCUUCUGGGCCUUGCAGGCUUCUCCCCUUAGAGGCUUAAGUGACUGGUGUGUGGAAACCCAAUUUAUAUAAUUGCCUCCAUUUUAUACUUGACCAUGAGGCAUGGCAGCCCAAACUCACCCAGUAUGGCCCAGAAUUUCCCAAUCCAGCACCUCGACUGCUACACCACACAUUAAAAUGGGUUUUUAUGUUUGUGCCCCCCAAGGUGGCUGCAGGGACAGUGGGAAUGGCAGCAACCUCCAAGUGGAAAGGGGCCCGUGGGUUUAAGGGUUUCCCAGCCCAGCUUUAAAGGCUCCAGGCUCCUGCAGGCAGAUAAUCCUGUGGCAAACGGAUUUGUUACCCUGGAACGGUGAAGGCCAGUGGGGCGCCAUGGCAUGGAGGCCCAGAGAGCUGUGCCCUCUUCCUGAUCUGGAAAGGCGCACGAUAGCAGCAGCUCUUUCCUAGCGCUACUCCAGGUGUGUGCCUCCUUCCUGCAGGUAGGCAGGUACCCGCAGGUAACACUGCUGUCAAAUCAGAGGCGUCGUUUCUUACUAAAUCACUCUGGCAAUUUUGGAUUAACCUGACUGAGCAGCUGUAUUCCAAUAAAAAAUGCAACCCAAGGACA